AUGCCAUCAGUGGACCUGUAUGCUUUGUUCAGACAGCACUCAACAGACCUGAAUAAUAGUUCUGAAAUAAGGCCAAGCACUGGACAUCAUUGUUCCAACUAUAGUAAUCAGCGUGAGGGGAACCUAACCUUCCCAUUAGAAAACACGUCAGUCAGAGAGCCCGGAAAACAUACUGAACCACUUAUGGGAACUAAGAGUGGUAGCAUAAAGCAUGUCAGUGAGCUCAGCAAAAAUUCUAUCAACGACGCUGAUGGUAAGCAUAUACUCAUGGAAAAUCAAUCAGUUGAUUCAAAGUUACAGGAGCAACUAUUUUCUCAUGGUCAGUCACAUAAUGAGACAAGUACACAUACUUCAAAAAGAAGAAAAGGAAAGGCAGACAGCGGGAAAAAGAAUGCAGUUGACUGGGACAUCUUGAGAAAGCAGGUGCAGGUCAAUGGUAGGAAAAAGGAAAGAAAUAAAGACAGAAUGGACUCACUGGAUUAUGAAGCACCCAAAAAUGCUAAUGUCAAAGAAAUUUCUGAGGCAAUCAAGGAACGAGGGAUGAACAUCAUGCUAGCAGAACGGAUCCAGGAAUUCCUAAACCGACUGGUUAAAGAACAUGGAAGCAUCGAUCUGGAAUGGUUAAGAGAUGUUCCUCCUGAUGAAGCAAAGGAUUAUCUAUUAAGCAUACGAGGCUUGGGCUUGAAAAGUGUGGAGUGUGUCCGGCUUUUAACACUUCACCACCUUGCUUUCCCGGUUGACACUAAUGUUGGAAGGAUAGCAGUAAGACUGGGAUGGGUCCCCCUCCAACCAUUACCUGAAUCACUCCAGUGACACCUCCUAGAAAUGUAAGAAAUGAUAGUUUGGUAAAUGAAUGCUUACUUUUCCAGUACUGGAAAAUGCUAACCGUAUUCCCUCUAGGUACCCAAUGCUGGAAUCAAUUCAAAAGUAUCUAUGGCCAAGAUUAUGCAAAAUUGA